GCGCCCGAACGUUAUUGUCGUUAUUUGCCAUUUGCCGUGAACGCGGACGUCGGCGGGUGUCGUGUGCGCAGCGCGGAUUCGAGCUUCGUAGAGGCUUUUCCCCGCAGGGAGGGUUGAAUUCUCCGGGCGACAGAUGCUAUUUUGUUGAGAAGAAGCGCAGAGGUUUCGGAGCGGCGUGACACGUCCUUCGCGCGGGAUUCAUCGCGUCGUCGUGGUGGCUCGAAUGGCGCGGCGCGCCGGACGCGUUUGAUGAGCGGCACGACGAGCACGCCGGUCCGCGCGCGAGCAUCGCGUUCUGCCCGGAGCCACGGGUCUUGGUGGGCGCGCUAGGACGCGACGAGCGCCGCCGCGAUGAUGCACAGACGGGGCGGCAAGCGGAUCCGCAUGGACGAUCCGGUGCCGCCGGAGUACGAGACGCCGAUGACGCCGAUGACGCCGAUGAACGACAACUCCGGCGGGGACGCCAACGACUACAACGCGUACGCGCCGUACAACCAGGCGUCCCAGACGCCGCUGCACAAUCCCACUCCGGAGCAUUAUUCCUCCGAGAGCCACAGUUCGCCGGGCACUCAACAGCCGUACCAGGACCAGUCGGGAAACUUCGACGGCCAGACGCAGUUCGAAGCACCGGCGACGCCGGCGGCGUCCAACAUGAGAAUCACGAGGAACACGCGCGCCAGGAUGCGUGGUGGCAUAGUGCAGCAACCCAAGUACAAAGAAGUCGACACGGACUACGUUCCGGUGCCCAGCAACAGAGGCAGAGGUGGCGGCGGACGAGGACGUAACAAAAGGGCGCACCAUUCGCACAGUCUGGAGGACGAAGCUAGUCUUUAUUACGUCAUUAGAAAUAAUCGUUCUUCACUCACAACCAUUGUUGACGACUGGAUAGAAAAGUACAAAAGCAACAGGGAGAACGCGCUGCUCAUGUUGAUGCAGUUUUUCAUCAACGCGAGCGGCUGCAAAGGGCGCAUCACUUCCGAGAUGCAGCUGACCAUGGAGCAUGUGGCGAUUAUUCGCAAGAUGACUGAGGAAUUCGACGAGGAAAGCGGCGAGUAUCCGUUGAUAAUGACGGGACAGCAGUGGAAAAAGUUCCGCGCGAAUUUUUGCGAAUUCGUUCAAAUCCUCGUGCGACAAUGUCAGUAUUCGAUCAUCUAUGAUCAAUUUUUAAUGGAUAACGUUAUCUCUUUACUGACCGGAUUGUCGGAUUCACAAGUGAGGGCGUUUAGACAUACUGCAACGCUUGCCGCCAUGAAAUUGAUGACAGCCUUGGUAGACGUUGCUUUGACUGUAUCCAUAAAUUUGGACAAUACGCAACGGCAGUAUGAAGCAGAGAGGCAAAAGGCUCGGGAGAAGAGGGCGGCAGACAGAUUGGAGUCGUUGAUGGCGAAGCGGAAGGAAUUGGAAGAGAACAUGGACGAAAUAAAGAACAUGCUCACGUAUAUGUUCAAAUCUGUUUUUGUUCAUAGGUAUAGGGAUACCUUGCCGGAAAUACGCGCGAUUUGCAUGGCAGAGAUCGGAGUCUGGAUGAAGAAGUUUCAUCAAAAUUUCUUAGACGAUUCCUAUUUGAAAUAUAUUGGCUGGACUUUGCAUGAUAAAGUUGGGGAAGUUCGACUCAAGUGCUUGCAGGCGUUGCAACCGUUGUAUGCCUCGGAGGAAUUAAAGACAAAGCUGGAGUUGUUCACGAGCAAGUUCAAGGAUCGAAUCGUCGCGAUGACGUUGGACAAGGAAUACGAUGUGGCGGUGCAGGCCGUGAAGCUGGUUAUCUCGAUCUUGAAGCAUCACAGAGAGAUCCUCACUGACAAAGACUGCGAGCACGUGUACGAGCUUGUUUAUUCGUCACAUCGUGCGGUCGCGCAGGCGGCCGGCGAAUUUCUGAAUGAGCGUUUAUUUCGUCUGGACGAUCAAGCCACGGCGGGUGUUAAGACCAGACGCGGCAAGAAACGAUUGCCGUAUACGCCACUUAUACGCGAUCUUGUUCUGUUCUUCAUUGAAUCCGAGUUACACGAGCAUGGAGCGUAUCUAGUUGAUUCUCUAAUCGAAACUAAUCAAAUGAUGAAGGAUUGGGAGUGUAUGACGGAUCUCCUAUUGGAGGAGGCUGGUCCCGAUGAGGAAGCGUUGGACAACCAGAAAGAAACGUCCCUCAUUGAAUUGAUGGUGUGUUGUAUAAAGCAAGCUGCCACGGGCGAAGCACCGGUCGGCCGCGGACCCACGCGAAAAAUUUUGUCGGUUAAAGAACUCAAGCAAGUUUUCGAUGAUAAGCAAAAAUUGACAGAGCAUUUCAUUCAAACAUUACCAUUGUUACUCGACAAGUACAGGGCAGAUCCUGAAAAACUCGCCAACUUACUCGCAAUCCCACAGUAUUUCGACCUGGAUAUUUACACAAAAUCUAGGCAGGAAAUGAAUUUAGACUCUCUAUUAAGUAAAAUUCACACAAUCGUAGAGAAGAUGCACGAUACCGAGGUUCUAGAUACGGCGGCUAAAACAUUAGAACACAUGUGCGUGGAAGGACACGCUAUCUUCACUAGAUGUGAUGUCGCUCGUUCAACCUUAAUCGACUCCAUUGUAAAUAAAUAUAAAGAAGCGAUUGAUGAGUAUAGAAAUUUAAUUGAGGGAGAUGAGGAACCAGACGAGGAUGAAAUAUUUAACGUUGUCCAAUCACUCAAAAAAGUUUCGAUAUUUUAUUCCUGUCACAAUAUGAAUCCAUGGGGAAUAUGGGAUUCAUUGUACAAAGAUAUUGAGGAUGCGAAGGAUCCUUCAAGAAGCUUGCCAGACAAAGCAGUUAAAUACUGUAUAAGCGCAUGCUACUUCGCCAUUUUAUGGGGCGAAAAUCAUUUGAUGGAAGCUGUGGACUCUGGAAAUCGUGGCGAAGAUGAAUGCCGGCAGUUGAAGGAGCGAUUGCAUUCAUUUAUGGGCUCCAUGCGCCAUUUCGUCAGUGGCGAUAGUAGCAGCGCGCCAUCGCCGCCGAUCUUAAGGGAAGUUGCUUACAACACAAUAUGUGAUUUGUUGGUUGUAUUUUGCAAUCAACUGAUUACGCAUUCUAACCCCUUGGUACAUCAGUUGGUGUAUGAGCCAGACCAAGCGAUGCAAAACAUGCUCAAUAGAUUUAUACAAGAGUAUGUUUUCUUCGAGGAAGAAGAUGAAGGGCAUGAUGAACACUCAAAAAUUGAAGAACUGCAUAAACGACGAAAUUUCUUAGCUGGCUAUUGCAAGUUAAUAGUAUAUAAUAUGAUUCCCACAAAAGCUGCGGCGGAUGUAUUCAAGCAUUAUGUCAAAUAUUACAACGAUUACGGCGACAUCAUUAAGACCACGUUGGGGAAAGCAAGAGAUAUCAAUAAAACAAAUUGUGCGCUAACGAUGCAACAAAGCUUAAAUAUUUUGUACAACGAGAUAAUGUUCGAAAAGGGCAAGGUCAACAGAAACAGUGAAGAAUUCACUGCGAUAAAGGAACUUGCGAAACGAUUCGCUUUAUCCUUUGGCUUGGACGCCGUGAAAAAUCGCGAAGCAAUCACGGCCUUACACCGUGCGGGAGUGUUAUUUGUCAUUACUCCACCGGACGGUGUCGAACAGGAUCCCACAGGCCCGCCGCCGAAUUUACCAUUCCUUGAGAUACUGUCCGAAUUUACGAAUAAGCUUCUCAAACAGGAUAAACGUUUGGUACUCAACUUUUUGGAUAGACGGUUACAAGCUGGAAUGCCAUCUUCACGAGGGGAGGAUUGGCAGCCUUUACUAUUGUACAGAAAUAGCUUGUUACACGGUGAAACUGAUCAAGUCCCAGUUACAAGCAAACGAGCUUAUACAAGACGCAAGAAAGAUCACUUAGCAGAAGAAGAGGAUGCCGAUGAACCUGAUGAAGGUUCUGAUCACGAACUUGCUGGCAAACAGAAGAAAAAGCGUGGUCCACGGAAGAAUCAAAUACCGGUUAUAACUAAAGUGGUGAUAACACGUGGGCCCAGAACAAAUGCUUUCUAUGAAAAUAAUGAUGCUGCACAAAUGCAAACAUCCCCUACAGCGGUCAUAGAAGAUACCUCGACGAGUCCUUCGCAAGACAUUGAUAACAGGCUUAAAACUUUACAGAUACAGUCAAGGUCACGGCGAAAUCAAGAGCAUGUAGAGCACAGGGAAUUGCGAAGAACUUCUAGAAACUCGGGGAGGUACGUCGAGGGGCAAUAUAUGGAAUCUGAUUCCGAGUAAGAGACAUCGUGAUUCUUAAAAACUUCGCUGUCUGGUAAUCUUAAAUUCAGACGAUUGGAUUGUGAUAUUCAAAAGCAGCUAUGCGAUUUGAGAAUUACAAAAAAACAUACUUAAUAUGGAUAAUAUAGAGCUUUCAGAGCGAGUAUUACUAUAAUACGUUUUGAUAGAUGAGUACUAUGUUACAAAGCAAUAUGUAAGAGAAAAUUUUAAUUUUUCAGCGGAAUCAAGUUUUUUUAAUUAUAAAUAAUAUAUGUUAUAAAUGAAAACAUGUAUUUCCUUUUUAUAUAAAAAGAGUAUUAUAAGAGAUAUUAUAUCUUUCUGUCUUUGUCUCUCUAUCAACUAUUUAAUGAAUGUUUAAAAUAAAUAGGUACAACUUAUUAGGUUAGUAUAGUCAUAAGAUAUUUUAUUUGUAAUGCAUAUGAUAAACUGGAUUAUACUUUUACAAUUACAAUUGCUUUUCUUGUACAUUUUGUGAUAGUGCUCUGUACACUCGAAUGUUUCAUAAAUUUAUAAAAUGUUAA